UUGCGGUGCAAUAGAGCAUCAUGUAAAAAAGUAGAAGUUAAGAGGGUAGCAGUGAAGGCAGGUCGGGUUUUCACUACCGCCUAUGGCGGCCGCGUACGUAGCGUCCCGAUGGAAUGUCUGCAACGACCAGCAUGAGCAGUCAUGCCAUGGCAGAGAAAAGGUUGGGGUUUGGGUGGCGGGGACCUUAACCGUAGCACCGAAUGGAUUCGGUGGAGCCUUUCUUGGCGCAUUGGCCGCCCUUUUGCAAGUACUUUUGAUGGUAUUCUUCGGCUUCGUAGAACACGCCCGCGGGUUCGAUCUCAGUCACGAUGGUUCUGCUCUUGAAUACCGUCGGAAGCAAGGCGACGGCGUCGAGAUGGGCCUGUUGCGCGGCCAUGGACGCUUCAGCUUGCGCCUUUUGCUCGUCGUUAUGGUAGUAAAUCCCCGACCGGUAUUGCGUCCCAAUGUCGUUCUUCUGCUGGUUCAGCGUGGUGGGAUCAUGGAUGGACCAGAACGUGUCCAGCAAGUCCUUGUACGGCAGGACGGAGCUACUGAACGUCACUUGAACAGCUUCGGCAUGUCCAGUGUCACCCCGACAGAUGUCUUUAUACGUGGGAUUGGCUGUGUGGCCAUUAGUGUACCCCACGCGGGUGUCGAGCACACCUGGUACCCGCUGAAAGUUGAGCUCGACUCCCCAAAAACAUCCCGCCGCAAACGUUGCGACGUCCACCGUCGGCGGAGUUUCCGGCUUGGGCGACGAAGACAUCAUGCAUGCAGUGGGUUGGCAUGCAAGGGACAGACCUACCAUCGACGACACCUUGGUCGCCCAUGACCGCGUUCCUGGACGUGCAAGCAUCUCCCGCUUUAACUUCGGGAAG